AUGUCCACGACUAGCAUCGCUCGAACCGUCUACAGCACCUUCACGCAAACCAAAGUCAUCACAUCCGUCAUCGCAACCUCCUCCACCGCCCCGGCAACUUUCAAUAUCUACUACGUCGACUCGACCGACAACUCCAGCGCCCCGCACAACAACUUCUUCCAAACCGUUCGCGCCCCCGGCCACGGCAUCGUCCUCGCCAACGACGCCAACGCCGACAGCUUCGGGGUCGAUUCUCUAGGGCGUCUCGUCGACCUCACUCUGGGCUUGUUCAUCUCCAGGAACACCGACAACGUCUACCCCUGGGAGUUUCUAGUCGCGCGAGCAGAGUCUGCAAACACCCCGAUCUGCUCGCUGUGCAAUGGGAUCCUUUCAUGUGACUAUCCGGGCACGGUUGGGAAUACGUUUGCGAUUUGUGAGGGGGCUUUGGCACUAGGGAUGCCGGAUGUGUUCCAUCAUGAUCUUGGUGGGGAUGGGGAUGGGGAUAUAGACUGUAGGGCUAUUGCUCUGCAGUUCAAGUAG